AGCCCCCAACCCCCACCUCGCCGCCGGCGAAACCUAGAGAGAGGGGGGGGGGGUGAGGCUUCGCUUCAUCGGCAGCGGCGGUGAUGGCGGAGUACGCGACGGCGAAGACGUCGGUGUGGUGGGACAUCGAGAACUGCCAGGUCCCCCGCGCCUGCGACCCCAACCUCAUCGCCCAGAACAUGAGCUCCGCCCUCGCCGCCGCCGGCUACACCGGCCCCGUCUCCAUCUCCGCCUACGGCGACAUCGGCAGCAUCGGCAACGCCGUCAUGCACGCCCUCUCCAGCACCGGCAUCUCCCUCAACCACGUCCCCCCCGGCAUUAAAGAUGCAAGUGAUAAGAAGAUCCUAGUUGACAUGUUAUUCUGGGCUAUUGACAACCCUCCACCAGCAAAUUAUUUGCUAAUUUCUGGUGAUCGGGAUUUCUCUAAUGCCCUCCACAAGCUGACGAUGAGACGAUACAAUAUUCUACUAGCACAGCCCCCAAAUGUAUCUCAAGCCCUUACUGCUGCUGCAAAGAGUGUUUGGCUCUGGAAAAGCCUUGUGGCUGGAGAACCACCUCUAGCAGAGUCGCCAUACAUAAGUAGCACAGCAAGUGGCAAUAUGGUUGAGUUAGAUGCGUCUAUGAACAUAAAUUCAGAUUCUUCAGACACUACUACAAAUACCAACCCUCAAAUGCAGAAUGGUUUCCAGUCUGAUAAUCAAAAGGGUGGUAAUGGCAAGACAGAUAAGCAAUCUAAAGUGAAGCAACCUCGAAGAAACCAGUCAGACAAUGUACCUAAACCAGAAAGCAACGAAGAAAAUUCAGUUGAUGUUGCUGAUAAUUCUAAAGAAAACACUGCUAACGAUCAAAGUCAGUCUUCUAUGGCAUCGUCAUCUUCAUCAUCAAGCUCUGAAUCGCAGGAUGGGGUAAAGGUGAACCAGCCAGGUAAACCAAAAGUUCAACCCUUUUCCCUGCCUAAAAAGCCUGGAAAACCUGUUCAUUCCCAUCAUAAGACUGCUCCACAUGAGUCCUUCAAUAGUAAGAAGUCUGGUGUGUCAGCAGAAUCUGCUGCAAAGAAUGGUACUCCUGAUUUUGGCAAUGGUAGUGGCCAUUAUAAUCCAAAGAACCAUAAACCUCAUACCUUCCAGUCUCCAAGGCCCCCAAAUCCAGUUACUCAUCCUCACAGUGGAUCUGGGGUUUUUCACACAUUGAGUUCACAAAGAACCAACUCAUGUCCACCACCAGCUGGGCAUAAUGGUGUUCCUACUGCACCACUGCAAUCGUGGCCAAGUGCCCCACCCUAUCAUAGCCCACCAGUCAAUUAUCCUGAUAUGAGUCAGAUAAAUAUUUCUGGUUACCCCAGAGGAAUGCAUGAUAACCAAGGUUUGAACAUGAACUACCACCCCAACCAUUCUGGUGCUCAUAAUGUUCAGCCUGCCUAUAAUAGUUACAGACCUCCAACUCCACAUGGUAUGCCCAACAACAUGCAAAAUGCUGAACAAUGGGGAGUGAAUCAAGGAUGUCCACAGCCACCAUCUGACUCUCAAGUUCUUAUUAGAAAUAUAUUAGGUGCUUUGGAAAUAUUGAAGACAGAGAAGAUUCCACCAACAGAACAGCAUAUAUCAGAUUGUAUACGUUAUGGAGAUGCCAAUUUACCAAAUUUUGAUGUUAAGAAGGCUCUUGAAGUUGCCAUUCAGCAUCAAGCCAUUGUCAUGAAAGUGUUAGGAUCUGUGUCAUUCUAUUUGGGGAAAAAUCAAAAUCUUUGGAAAUGUGUGAAUAUAAUGGAUAUAAAUGCAAAAUAUCCCAAAGGGACACUUGAUGCGGUUCACAGGUUCAUAUCUUCAACCACUGGCAGUUCUGCAAUAAAGAAUUCUAGAUCCAAGUAUCAAGCUGCAAUCAUCUUAAAGAAUCAAUGCUUGAAAUAUCUUGCCCUUGGUGAAGUUCUUCAGAUUAUAUACAUCAUAAUCAAUACAAAUAAGUGGUUUGUGCCACAUUCUUCAGGGUGGCAGCCAUUGUUGUUUAACAUAAUAGUGGUUGAUGCUACGACAGGUGCUGGUGGAAAAGCUUAGCCUUCGUACAUUUAUCUGCUUCAUACAAGAUGGAUAAUUUGAGGCCCUGGUGGUUGGUAAAACAUGUUUCGGCAAAUGCUAUUCUGUGGUGAUAAGUUACUAGUAUGAUGGCACACCAACAGUGUGCCAAACCUUUCUUUUUUAAAAUGAAAUAGUUAGUAGUUUAAGCUUGGUGGUUCGUUGGGAUCAAACUAUCAGUGUUAUUGGUUUUGCAUCCAGACUCCAGGAACAGCAUAGAUGGUGGCUGAUGGCAUGAUAAAGAUAGUUAAGUGAUUCUUCAAUCUGCAAAAAGGAUAGAGGACUACGAUCUUUUCUUCAGGCAGUAUAAUAGUGCCUGAUAUUGGAGGUUAUGAUCUGCCCAAAACGUCGAGUCGGUUUGUGGAAAUCUGCCAUAGUGGCACCAGAAGAUGCUGCUGUUCAGUUCAAUGGAGUACUGAGGUUGAAGCUCCUUUGUCUUGCAGCUACUCACCCUUAUUAACACAAAUGGAUGGAUGAAUGAACCAUGUGAUGUUCAGUGGUCCUUGGUUGUCCAUUUAAUCACUGUAUCUGGGUUAACAAAGCUACCUUUGCCGUGGCUUGUGGCACACUGGCACAUGGUACAUGGUAAUAGUGUUGGAAAUGCAUUAGAACUGCAUUGGGGAUGUUACCCUGCCAGCGUGCCAUGGUUAUCUACUUGUCUCUGAACUUAUUAUGAUUUAUGUAAAUAUUGCUCUGGUGCUUGCUCUGACUUGCAAGUUUUCCUUUGUUGGCUUCCUCAAUCAUAGAAAGUUGAGAUCAGCAAGUGUUUCUCGGUGUCAUCGCUCGCUGAUAUUUUUGCUGACAGUUACCGCAGUAACUGUGUUUCUUGUAAAUCUGUUAAAUUAUCCCCAUCGUGCUGUUAUUAAUUGCAUGAAUUGC